AUGACGGCGGCGCCCGACCCCGCCUCGCUCCUGCGCCUGCGGCUGCGCCCCGGUGCCGCGCUGGCCGCCUCGCCGGGCAGCAGCUGGCCCCUGGCGGGCGGCCUCCUCCAGAGGGCGCGCCACGUCCCGGCGGGCAGCCCCGCGCCCGCCUCGCCGGCCGCAGCUCCGGCGCCGCCUGCCGCUCCACGGAGCCCCGGCGCUUUCUCGCGCGCGCGACGCCUGGGCUUGGACACGGUGUUCGUCGAGGUUCGCGCGAGCGAGGAGGCCCUCCUCUGCUACCGGCAAGGCGCGGAGGGCCUCGAACUUGCAGUGCGGGCGCCGCUGAUGCUGGCCGCGGCCGCCCAGGUGCCGCACACCCCCGACGUGGUGAGCGUGACGCUGCCUGCGGCCGAGGAGCUCCGCGAGGUGGCGGGCGGCCUGCAGGCCGCGCCGGGCCAGGCGCGGGCGGCCUUCCGGGGCGAGCGGCUGCUGCCCGAGCGCGGGGGCCCGCUCGUCCUCGAGUGCGGCACGGAGCUGCAGGCGCGGCAGCUCCUGGACAAGCUCUCGGCGGCCGGCUGCGUCCUGCAGGGCCUGACCCAGAGGUACCGGUUCCGCCGGGAGGUGGGCCACGGGGGCUUCGGGCGCGUGCACCUGGCGCACGACACGUGGAGCGGGAGCGAGGUUGCCGUCAAGGUGUUCUUCAGCAGGGAGCACGGGGGGUACUCCCACCCGCUCCGGGAGUCGAACUUCCUUCGCUGGGCCAACGAUCCUCUGUUCCCGGAGUUCAAGGCCGUCUACAGGAUCCACGAGAGCGAGCUCGAGGAGCUCGGCGAAGACGAGCUCCAGGGCAUGGGCGCCUUCGCCCUCGUGACCGAGUACGUCCCCGGUGGGGAGCUCCACGCGGUCCUUGCGCGGCACGGGCCUCUGCCGGAGGAGUGCGCCCGGGACGUGAUGCGGCAGGUGUUCAGCGGGCUGGACGCAAAACAAACUUUCAUCGGAGGAAAGAAGAGAGACGGCUUUUUCAUAACAUAA